AUGGGUUGCAUAAAAAUAUAUAACAACCAUACAGAUACUAUCCAGACAGCAGAAAGCCUUAGAAAUGUACCAGCUAAUAAUGGUGUUAAAAAUUUGUUUUAUGAGAAUUCUGACAAUUGUAUGGGGAUAGCUGAAGCUCAAAAAUAUUAUGAACAAUUGUUAGAGUUAAAAGUAGAUUUAAAUUAGAAUAAUGGUAGUAUCAAUCUAAGUUACCAUACAAUUUGACCAUUGACAUGAUGAUUGAAGAAAUUUAAACUUAGUUGCUGGUGAUGGAUUAAUUAAGGUUAUUUAUUUAAACCUAUUAUUAAUUAAUGAUUGGCCAUAAAGAUUUAUCAUUGAUAACUAAUAUAGGUAUUUUAUUUUUUCUGUUUAAAUUGGUAUGGAUUUUUUUUAGAAAAUUAAAGAAAAACAGAAAGUAUAUGAAUAUAGUGAACCACAAGAAGUGGUACCACAGUUAUCUUUAAAGAAACUACUGGUAAACAGGUAUCAUUGA